GGCGUGGUGGUGUUGUUGUUGUUUAUCGUUUUCUUAGUAAUGCUUAGAACACGGUCAAAGAAAAUGAUUGAUCAGCAAGGCGGUCUCCCCUCACCUUUAAAGCCUCUUGAAAGGAUAUCUUACGAUAACCUGUUUCGUGCCACCGAAGGAUUCAGUCACAGCAACUUGAUCGGAGUUGGCGGGUAUUCUUCUGUGUAUAAAGGGCUGCACAGAGACGGAACCACCAUAGCAGUAAAGGUAUUCGACCUAAAGGUGGAAGGAGGUUUUAAGAGCUUUGAUACCGAAUGUGAGGUGUUGAAAAGCAUUCAAUACCGUAAUAUUGCGGGAGUGUUGACUAGUUGUUCUAGACCGGAUUUCAAGGCACUUGUGAUGGAAUACAUGCCUAAUGGGAGUCUUGAUAAGUGGUUGUACUCGCACAACUAUUUCUUGGACUUGUUGAAGAGACUUGAUAUAAUGAUCGACGUGGCUUGUGCUUUGGAAUAUCUGCAUUACGGGUUUAUAAGUCCGUUGGUACACUGUGAUUUGAAGCCGGGGAAUGUUCUUCUCCACCAAGACAUGGUAGGUCAUCUAAGUGACUUUGGCAUUUCUAAGCUUUUAAGUGUGGAUGAUAGUAUUGCUCAAACCAGGACACUUGCUACAAUUGGAUAUAUUGCCCCAGGUAGGUAAUGACUCAUCUUUUGGUAAUGUGAUUUGAAUGGUUUAGCUUAUUAUAUUUGGUUUGAUUGUGUGUAGAAUAUGGGAGGGAAGGUUUGGUUUCCAUAAAAUGUGAUGUGUACAGCUAUGGAAUCAUGCUAAUGGAAAUAUUUACGAGAACCAGGCCAACAGAUGAGAGGUUUGAUGAGGAGGAAGGGGGAGGAUUAAGUUUGAAGAAAUGGGUGAAGGAUUCUUCUUCAGUAGAGGAGAUAAUAGAUGCCAAUUUGGUGAGGAUGGAGGAAAAGAACAUAAAUGGUAAUCUGGAAUGUGUAUCAGCCAUCAUGGAUUUGGCUUUGGCUUGCUCUGCUGAAUCUCCCGGAGAGAGGGUCGACAUCAAACUGGUCCUGACAACUCUGAGGAAGAUCAGGCUGAUGUUUCUUGGCUAAAUCUUAACCAAGAUUGUGCACAUGAAACUUUGAUAAAAGAUUGAUGGAUGUGUGAGUUCAAUUAAUAACUAUUUAAGUCAUGUUUCAAUAUUUCCUUCUCUUUUU